CUACAAAUGCUACUAGAGACGUAGUUUUGGUCCGGUCAUCUCUAGCAGCAGACCAGUUUUGAGUGGGAUAGAAACUCAAUUUUUGAGGAAGAAUUUUUAAAGUAUAUAAGAAUAAGCCAAAUGAAAUGUCGUGAUGAGAUGAGGGGGGGUGCAUUAUGAACAAAAAAAUAACACUUGUGUUGAUUUGUUUAAUAAAAUGUCAGUACUUUCCAAUGUAAAUUAGAUUGCCAUGUUCUUUCACAUGCCAUCAUAUAUUGUAAGUUUAUGAUCAUCACGCAUAAGGGUGUAUUGAGGGAACCACGCUGACUAACACAAACCCCCCAAGUCUCCCCGUGCCAAACAUACACGGAUAGAUGGCCAAAGAAUAUCUCUGUCGAUAUGUUUCCCCAACAGAUUGCAGGUUGGGGAUAAAAGGUGGUUGAUUUUUUUAAUAUCCCUUUCUUGAAACAUCUGAGAUGGUAAAUUUAUGCGGUUUAAAUUUUUAAUGGCUUCAUUUUCUCACCUUAUAAUUUUUAAAGAAUUGAGAGAGGAUAUGUGAGUUCACUCCAAGGGUGAAUUGGUUAUCCGAAGAAGAUAUGGAAUUUUGGUGAAUUGGUUUGUCCCAGUGGUGAUUUAAACCAGGAAAUGAUAGUGAGAGGAUGUUUGAUUCCUGAACACAAUGAAAUUACUGGUUCCUUCUUGAUGAAAUUCUGAUCAAUUGAUGAAAGAACUGGUUCUAUUGAGAAGCUUUCGUCCAGAAAAAUCGUUUGGUUUUAACCAAAUAUUCCACCUUUUUCUAUUGCUUACAAAAUAUUCCACUUUUUAUUAUCGCAGUGGAAUAUUUUCCAAAAGAUCUGCAUUAUAAUUUGAGUAUAUGUUCGUACUUGCCAAUUUAAUUUAGAUAGAUUACCAUGUUCUUCACAUGCCAUUAUGACAGAAACCAACGCAUAUUGUCACUUACUCCAAACUCUAACAACGUAGUAAAACGAAUACGAGGAUGCAAUUAACAGCUUAAGAAACAUAAGAAACUAAAAGGCCCACAUAAUUGAGGGGCCAUUUGGUCUAGCAGAUAUAGGACAAAUGGAUUCCAAAGCACCAACCAAGAAUAUCUUUUAUUGAUAUGUUUCCCAAGCAGAAUACUCACUCCAUUCCUUUUCCCAUUCUUAGCAACAGUCUUGCACUCUUGCUCCAUAAUAUAGAGUCUAUUUAGCCUCCUGCCUUUUCAUCGAUCCCAACUCACCUUCUCACACACACAACACAAGCUCACCUUUAAGAUCUAACAAUGUCUAGCAGAAGAUUAGAUUCUACAAUUGCAACAGAAGAUGAGGUUAAAGAUCUCAUUCUAGAACUUCAAGCACUGUUAUCCACUGAGGUGGACAGGAGCAGGACAACAAAGGUUCUGGAAGAGAUUUGCAAUCAUAUAAAGAGGCUGCAGAAAGAGGUCGACAACCUGAGCAAGAAAAUAUGUGGACCACUUGGGCCUCCAGACACUAGUAGAAAUGUUGAUUUUGCUGAAGUCCUCAAGCUGGUGAUGGAAUUGUAGGCACAGUAUUUCUACUAUUGUAUGUACCUAACUUUUAUAUCAGUUAUCACCAUGUAUAUCUUCUUUCUGCCUUAAUGUGUUUUCAAUAUGCCUAGAUUUACUCAUGCUGGCUGAUGUAUAUCCCAACAAUAAGCAGAAAGGAGAUUAAAUUCAAUAAGGAUUUGAUAUAAA